CCAUGACAAGCAGGCGGGAGGAUAGCGCCUUGUAUAAAAUCCCCGGAGAGGACGGCGAUCCCCGGAGAGGCAUGAACGGGCGAGCGGCCACGAGCUUCUUAAGGAAUUGCCCCUCUCUGUGCAGCACUGAAAAGAUCAUGGUUGCAUUCAAAGGCAUCUGGACUCAGUCCUUUUGGAGAUCCGUGUCAGGAGAAUUCCUGGCCAUGUUAAUCUUUGUGCUCCUCAGUCUAGGCUCUACAAUAAACUGGGGAGAAAAGAGCAAUCCACCACCAGCAGACCUUGUUCUCAUCUCUCUGUGUUUUGGGCUCAGCAUUGCCACCCUGGUGCAGUGCUUUGGACACAUCAGUGGAGCCCACAUCAAUCCAGCUGUGACCGCAGCGCUUGUGUGCACCAAGAAGCUGAGCCUCGCCAAAGCUGUUUUUUACAUCAUAGCUCAGUGUCUAGGAGCUAUAGCUGGUGCUGGAAUUCUGUACCUUGUGACUCCAGAAGGUGUGAGGGGAAAUUUGGGUGUAACUACGAUUAACUCCAAACUGUCAAUUGGUCAUGGACUUGUGGUGGAAAUGUUUAUCACAUUUGAGUUGGUCUUCACGGUCUUUGCAACAUGUGAUUCAAAAAGGCAGGACUUGAAAGGCUCUGCGGCUUUGGCAAUUGGCUUUGCUGUCACUAUUGGACACCUGUUUGCUAUAAAUUAUACUGGAGCAAGUAUGAAUCCUGCCCGAUCUUUUGGACCUGCUGUUAUCACAGGAAAAUGGGAAAACCACUGGGUUUACUGGGUUGGUCCACUCAUGGGUGCCAUUAUUGCAGCUGCACUGUAUGAUUACCUGUUCUGCCCUGACCCUGAUAUGAAGCGACGUUUAAAACAGGUCCUCUCAAAGUCAUCUUUUCCAUCAGGAAGAUACAUGGAAGUUGAGGAUAACAAGAGCCAAGUUGAUGUCGAGGAUUUAAUGAUUAAGCCAGGAUCUAUUCAUGUCAUCGAUGUAGACAGGGAUGAAAAGAAAGAGAAGGACCCUACAAGUGAGGUGCUUUCUUCAGUAUGACUAGCCAGAAGCACUGGAAAAGGAGAGACAUCAGAUGAACACUUUCAACACUCAGUUGUUGUCCUCAAGGAAACUGAUCUCUUGUAGAAUCAGUUCCUAUUUUUAUGCACUUAAGAUGGAACAAGCAGCCGGCGAGUCCCUAAAAUUUUUGCCAUGUUUUAUAACCAUGGAUGGUCUUAAAAAAGCAAAAUUUUCAAUAUAGCCUGGUGGUAAUAAAGUACAUUGAUGAUAAAUAUAAAUUUAGAAUAUGUACAGUAAUUUUCAUUACCCUAUUUACAUUUUAACACUUCAUAAAUGAAGAUUUAAUUGCGAUUAAAUCCACCCCCUUUUCCUUUAUCAUAGUACUGCAAAAUAUUUUCUGCAUACAACAGUAAGUAGCAUAGUGUGUCAACCAUGACAUCACUGAUAUGCUUUUACUGAAAUCACUCACAAAACAUUUUAGCCAAUUAGGUUUCAAAAGAAUCGCUUCUAUUAAUUCAACAAGUUAGUUAAUUGCAGAAGACACGAUUUGAAAUGUCUGCAAUGUGGAUGUCAACACGCUUUGUUGAUUUUGUAGUUCAUUCUCAGUAUUAAAGGCUGUAUUGAAGGGGACUAGCUUUAUGUUACAGAAGUUAGGAGUUUCUCUUUAUUUCAGUGCUCUGUAUGAUUUAUUCUUUGUCUUUAUGUAGUUCCUUUUUCCAGAUAAUAAUUAGCAUGGAGCAGCACAGUAGUGCAGUGAUUAUAACAUAUGUAGCUGUAGAAACCCACGUUUGAUUUCAAGACCAGUCACGGUUGUUUGGAGUUUGUAAGGCUGUAAGUUUCCUUCAUGUCUCUUGAGGGUUUUGUAAGGGUUUCCUCCGACACUGCAAAGGCAUGCUGGUAUAGUUAUUUGGUGAAUCUAUAAUGGCCUACUGUGAAUGUCUGUGCAUCACAUCCAGGAUUAGCUCAUUCCAGUGCUUGUUAGAUCACCUUUUGCCCCCAUGGCUCUAGAGUGGUAAAUGCAUGUGAGCAAAAUGGAUGGCAUAAAAUAUUACACGAUUUAGUUAAUUAUGUGUUAUAAAAGAAGAAUGUUUUUAUUAUUGUUCCUAAAGAUAGCCUUAAAGUAUCAUAGUUUCCACUCAUUGAUUUAUAAAUGCAAAAAAGUACACCUAAGCUGUUCUGAAAGUAAGAAUAAUUAUAAGUUCUGCCAUUACUACACAUACCAUAUAUACUCACGUAUAAGUCAGGUCUUGAAACCUGAAAAAUUGAUCAUAAAAUCAGAUCCCGACUUGU